GUAGCCGUAGUGUUAUUUUGUCACUUCCGCUUCCUCUCUCUGCUAAGCAGUCACAAUGUCGCUGGUCAUUCCAGAAAAGUUUCAACACAUUCUUCGUGUUAUGAACACGAACAUAGAUGGACGACGAAAAAUCAUGUUUGCAAUUACAGCAAUCAAGGGUGUGGGUCGCCGCUUCAGUAAUGUUGUCUGUAAAAAGGCAAACGUAGAUAUUUCCAAACGUGCUGGUGAACUCACAGAAGAAGAGGUUGAGCGCAUUGUGACGGUAAUGGCCAACCCUCGUCAGUACAAGAUCCCAGACUGGUUCCUCAAUCGACAGAAGGAUAUCAAGGAUGGUCGUUACACACAAGUCCUGUCCAAUGCACUUGAUAACAAGCUGCGUGAGGAUCUGGAGCGACUGAAGAAGAUCCGUGCCCACCGUGGUCUGCGUCAUUACUGGGGUCUUCGUGUCCGUGGUCAGCACACCAAGACAACUGGACGUCGUGGUAGGACUGUUGGUGUUGCCAAGAAGAAGUAAAUUUUGACAUGGACAUAAAUAAAGCAAAUAAAGUUAUCCAGUUAAA